CUCUAUAGAUUGAUUGAUUUUCAUGUUAUAUACUAGCGUGUUUAAGUGUGUUCUGAUCUGGGUUUUUGAAUUCCUCCUGAGUUCGGAGCAGAAAGUAUUAUAUGAAGUCAAGAGGAGUCUUUGAAGGACGGAGUUGCAGGUUUUUUUAUUCUAUCAAAACUGUGUGAGGAAUAAAAAUUGACAACCUUCAGAGGAGAUUUUUGAAGGUCAAGGAAGCAUGAUUUACUUUUGAGAUGAAAAUAACAUAUGAGGGUAUGUCAUAACAUUUAUUAGGGCAAAAAACAAGCAGAAAAAUGAAGUUUAUGAAGAUUGGGAACAGGUCAGAUACCUUCUACACAGAUGAGGGUAAAAGGUCUGUAUCUUCAGAUGUACCCAGCGAUCUCCUCAUACAAAUCAACAAUACAACAUAUCUUCUUCACAAGUUUCCACUUCUUCCAAAGUGUGGGCUCUUACAACGACUUUGUUGUAAUGCUGGCAAUCCUAGCAAAGUUCCACUAGAGCUUCAUGAUGUUCCUGGAGAAGAAGAGGCUUUUGAGCUUUGUGCUAAAUUCUGCUACGGAAUUACAAUUAACCUGAGUGCUCACAACUUUGUGCUUGCAUUCAGUGCUGCAAAAUUCCUAGGGAUGACUGAGUCAGUUGAGAAAGGAAAUUUUGUCUUGAAACUUGAAAUCUUCUUCAAGUCGUGCAUCCUUGAAGGUUGGAAGGAUUCUAUUGUCACUCUACAGACCACUGAAAAGCUUUUAGAGUGCGCUCAAAAUCUUGGACUCAUUAGACAGUGCAUAGACUCAAUUUCUGAGAAAAUUCUUACUCACCCAUCAAAGGUUACAUGGUCCUACACUUACACUAGACCAGGAUACAAGGGAAAGCACAACCACUCCGUCCCUAAGGACUGGUGGACAGAGGACAUAUCCAACCUCGACAUAGACCUUUUUCGUACCAUAAUUGCUGCCAUCAGAUCAACAAAGAUAAUCUCACCACGGCUUAUUGGUGAAGCUUUGCAUGUCUAUGCAUGUCGAUGGCUACCAGAGACAUCACAGAGCAGUCCACCAGAGACUUCAGCAUCUCAAACUGAAUCAGCAGUGGAGAAGAAUAGGCAGGUAUUAGAGACUAUUGUGAGCAUGAUUCCAGCUGAACGAGGUUCAGUAUCAGUUGGGUUCUUGUUGAGGCUCCUUGGCAAGGGAAAGAUUCUCGGGGUGUCUUCUUCAACGAAGGCUGAGCUUAUAAGAAGAUCUAGUCAGCAGUUAAGGGAGGCAAUGGUUAAGGACCUGCUCUUACCUUCACAAUCUUCUGAUCGGCAUCUCUAUGAUACCGACUUGGUAUUGGCAGUAUUAGAAAGUUUUUUGGCUCGAUGGCAAAGACAAACUUCUCGAGAAGAUGGUGAGUCUGUAAAGGAGAUAAGGAAGGUGGCACAGCUUAUCGAUUCUUACCUUCAGGUCAUCUCAAGAAGGGAUGUCAAUGUGCCAGCAUGGAAGAUGGUAACUCUUGCAGAAUCCUUACCGGAAAUUGCCCGGCCAGAGCACGAUGAGUUGUACAGGGCAAUUAACAUUUAUCUCAAGGAUCACCCGGAUCUAAGCAAGGCAGAGAAAAAGCGUCUCUGCCGGAUUCUAGACUGCCGGAAACUGUCUCCGGAAGUAUGUGCUCAUGCAAUAAGGAAUGAACGACUGCCGCUGAGAACUGUUGUGCAAGUCCUGUUCUACGAACAAGAAAGAGGAGGCAGACCAACUCCUCAUUUACCACUGGGAGCUAAGAAAUUCCGUGGAGAAGAGCAUCCACAAUCAAUUGCUCAAGGUGACAAUCAUGGAAAGUCAAAAUCAGGGCUGCAGGAUCAAUUUGGUGGGGUUGAGAGUAUAGGGAAGGCCACAAGUUCAAGCAUUGUGGAAAGAGUUCAUCAAAGAACAAUGAAAUCGGAUGCAAGGCAGCAGUGGGAUUCAGAAAGGAAGGUAGAGAAUGGGAAACUAAAGAAUGCCACAAGUCCAAGCAUUGUGGAAAGAGUUCAUCAAAGAACAGUGAAAUCAGAUGGAAGGCAGCAAUUAGAUUCAGAAAGGAAGGUAGAAAUGGGGAAACUAAGGGAGACCAGAGAGGAAGGGAUAUCGAGAAGCCUGUCGGAGCCUAAGAAUACCAGAGGAAGAAGUAAAUCAGCCAACCAUAAAAGAGGUGGAGACAUAGGUGUAUAGACUAGAGAGCUUUUUAUAUGUUUCUGCUUUUCCAUUUCUCUUAAAACAUUUUUCAAUGUAUAGUAAAUAAUGUUCUUAUUCAUUCUGAACUGGAAUCCAAUU